CAUUGUUGAGUUAUGCAUACCCAACACUCACACAAAAGCUAAGUUACUAGUUAACAAGAUGGCUCGCUUAUCUUGGUUAAUGGUGAUCCUCUUUGUUGCCCUAAUCCUCACUCCCCAAGGGCUUGCAGAUUAUUACAAACCCCCUUAUAAGCAUGACGAGCCUCCUAAAUACAACCACCCAAUUGAAAAACCACCGGUUUACAAGCCUCCGGUUUACAAACCUCCGGUCUAUAAGCCACCGGUUUACAAGCCACCCGUGCACAAACCACCGGUUUACAAGCCACCGGUUUAUAAGCCACCCGUGCACAAGCCGCCGGUUUACAACAAGCCACCGUACCACCAUGACAAGCCUCCUCAUGGCAAGUACCCUCCACAACAUGACUAAGGAAAAGCACAUAUAUGUGCAAAUUUAAACGAGGCAUGUUAUUAAUUAGUUAUCGUAUGCUUUAAAUAAGACAUAGGCUUCGUUUCUUUACUAUCUUGUUGGUUCACAACUUUAUUAUUCAUAUCUACAUAUAUAAUAAGGAGUGUUCCUUAUGCAUUGGGUGGUUUAAUUUCAUUUCAUUCCUUUUGUAUAUGAUGCUAUGAGCAUCUAUCAUAUGUGUUGUGUGUUUGUGUAAUCCAUAAUAUUAAAAAAAAGAAUAAUAUUAUUGUUGCUUUUAA